AUGACACAAGCAUAUAAUAUUUUUUGGGCAAAAUGUGUUAUAAUUGUGUUGUUUGGAGCUGCGUUGGUGCAAGUUUGUAAAUCGUUUGUUUUAAUUAAAGGCGAUAUAUUAAUAAAUGGAAGUGUUCAGAAGCCACAAACCGAUAGUCAGCGUUCAAAGCGAAAUGCUGUAACAGAUAGAAAGAAGAUCUGGGAUUUUGGCAUUGUCCCAUACGAAAUCGAUCCGAAAGCUAACUUCGAUGAAAAUCAAAUAAGCAACGUCAAAGCGGCAAUGAUACAGUGGGAAAAUUCCACCUGCAUUAAAUUUGUUGAACGAAAUGAAAAUGAGCAUGAGAAUUUUAUACGAUUUACCGAUUAUGAGGAUACAUGUAGCUGUUGUUCGUUUGUUGGUAAAAAAGGUGGUGCUCAAGAUGUAGUAAUUGGUGGAUGCGACAAGAUUGGAAUUGUUCAUGAAUUGGGACAUGUGAUUGGAUUUCAUCAUGAACACCAACGACCCGAUCGUGAUGAGUUUGUUGAAAUCAAAUGGGAACGCAUGGAAGAUGAGAGCAGUGCCUACAACUAUGCGAAAUUGUCACCCGAUGAGGCUGAUACGCUUAAUGAACCAUACGAUUUUGAAUCAAUUAUGCAUUAUACUCAAACUGCAUUUUCGAUAUUAGGCGAUUUGAAUUUUCUCAUUCAAAAUAUGGGGUAUGCUCGAUUUCAUGGUAGAAAUUGGUCGUUAGCUGACAUAUCAGUCAUUUCGGCGAAAAAAGAUAAAGAUGGCAUUGUACCGAAAAUUCCUGAGCGCAAAACAAAAAAAACAUUGAGUGCAAUUGACAUUAAAAAAACGAACAAGUUGUACAAAUGCCCCGAUUGUGGCCGAACAUAUUUGGAAGAGGCUGCAUUUGAAGAAACUGCAUACACAUCACCUGAAUACCACAACAGAUCAACAAAUCGCACAUAUCGAUGUGAAUGGCGAAUCAUAGUCAUGGAUAGAGAACGUAUUCAACUUAAAAUUAAUGAUUUAGACAUUUUCGAAUCGAGUGAUUGCAAAAGUGAUUAUUUAGAAGUUCGAGACGGUUAUUUGCACAAUGCGCCAUUAUUAGGUCGUUUCUGUG